GACAACCCAGGGUCUGUCAGAACCUGGUCAGUGUGUCCUGACCUUUUUAUCUCAGUGCUUUUCCCAGCGACUGCCAGAGGCUGGGUGUGUAUAAAACGAUCGCCGGUGCCAAGCUCAGUGAAAGAACAAAACUCCGACACCAAGAUGUUACGGCCUGUUGUGCUGGUGUUUCUGGCUUUGGCAGGGUCUGCUCUAGGUGGCUUUCUGAGUCGCUCAGGCACUGACAUCUGGCACAAUGGUGAGCGCAUCUUCCUAUCGGGUGCCAACACCGCCUGGGUGUCGUACGCCUACGACUUCGGCAACAACCAGUACCAGUAUCGUCGUGACCGUUACAUCUACCUCAUGGACAAGGUCAAGGAAGCAGGAGGCAACUCCAUGAGAACCUGGGUGCACAUCGAGGGUCAAACGUCGCCAAAGUUUGACAGCAGUGGUCACGUGUCCGGCCUUGACAAUGACGGCACCUUUAUCUCCGACUUCAAGCGUUACCUUGACGACGCACGAGCCAGGAACAUCCUCAUCUUCCCCACGCUCUGGAACGGUGCUGUUCACCAGCGGAACGAGCUGGGUGGCCUCAUCACUGUGGAGUCCAAGCUGCAGUCCUACAUCGACAAGGCGCUCAAGCCCUGGGUGCAGGCUGUGAAGGACCACCCAGCCCUGGGCGGGUGGGACAUCAUCAACGAGAUGGAGGGAAUCAUUAAAGCCGGCGAGUACAACUCCGAGCCCUGCUUCGACACGAUCCUGGGCGGCAGUGGCGCCGGGUGGGCGGGUGGCGGAUACCGUGCCCAGGAUCUGCUCAGGUUCAUCAACUGGCAAGCGGAUGCCAUCAAGCAGGUGGACUCAUCGGCUCUAGUGACGGCCGGCUCCUGGACGGCUCGCUCCAACACCGACAACUGGGGCAACAGGAACUUCUACAGCGACAACUGCCUCACCAAGGCCGGCGGCAGAGGAGGGGGGACCUUGACCUUCUACUCCACCCACACCUACGACUGGCAGGGCAACUUCCCUCAGGAGUCUCCCUUCAAGCACAGCUUUAACGACUUCGGCCUGGACAAGCCGCUGGUGGUGGCUGAGUUCAACCACCUGCAUGGCGGCGGCAUGUCCAUCGAGGAUCUCUUCCGCUACGCCUACGACCACGGCUACGACGGCGCGUGGACCUGGCACGCCAACGCCGACGGCAGCGACACGGACGACACGGACACACAGAUGCGCGGCAUCGCCGCCCUCAGGGGCAGGGUGGACUUCAACGGCAGGGUACCCAUCAACCUGUGAGCAUGCGCACCAUGACCGACACAAGCAGUGUAGCAAAGUAAUGGUGGGGACAAGUCUCACCUCAGCUUCCAAAACACUUUUGCCACGUGCAGUAAAUGUCUUCGUAAGCUCGACAUCUAUUCGUUUCAUCAGAACUCAUCAUCGUGUCUUUUAUUGAGAAUAAAUUCAAAAGUGAAAACAGC